GUAAAUAAAUUAGAACAACCCGCCAUAUAUUCAAUAUCUCACAACAAUUAUGAAGCGACAAAUAAACAUUCCAGGUGAAAACUAGAUUUAAACAGUUUGACAAAACGUUUACUUUCGUUUCGGCUUCAUUCUAAAUCAUUAUGGUGAGACAGUUUUCCUGGGAAUAUCGAAGGGCACAUCCAGCUGAGUUCCCUUUUUUGUGUAACAUUUGUGGACCCGAGGAUAGAAGAUUUAAAAGUGCAAAAGACCAGCAGAGACACGACGAAAUGACAAAAAGACAUGACCCUAACUUUGUACCUGUACGAAGACCAAGGAAACGGCGAAGGAGGAAGGCUAAAGUCAGCAGCAAUAUCGGCUCCAAAGUUUUACCCAAUGUGAAUUAUAGAAAUGAAUACAGUCCUGUUGCAAGAAGUAUCCAAGAUACGUGUACAACGAGGACUAGUAUUUCUCCUGUAUACCGCCCGAUAGAUGUAAAAACGCACAACAUGCCAUCAACAAGUGGUUCUAUUAAUUCUAUUAGGAAUGACCAUGAUUUAGAAAUGUUUAUCAGAGACCAUGUUGAAACAGAUGAUGCCUACAGAAGUGUAUGCAAAGCUGUCAUUAGGAAUGUCGGUGAUAUUUUAAAGAAUAACAUAACGGGAAAAUACAGACCAGAUGAAGUCUUAAAGACUGGUUCGACUGCAAAGGGAACCGCCAUAAAGGGGAAAUCAGAUGUAGAUCUUGUGUUUUUGUUGUCAAGAACAGAGUAUCAAGAUAUUGACAACUUUUACAAUGACCUGCCAUCAAUCUUGGGAGAUAUUCAUGAUGCACUAAACACGUGUUCACAAUUCAAGAAUGUUCGUGUACAACAAAGAGCAGUUUCAUUCCAAAUAGAUUGUAGAGAACCUGGGACUGGACACGCCCAUGUUAUAGAUGUCGAUCUUUUACCAGCUGUUAACUUUGGAGAUGAUGAUAUUAGUAUCAUCCACUCCAAAAUGAGUAGAGCAUCAGAAGCAAAGCGUAAUCUUUUUACCCCGUCUUUAACCAAAUGGCAGAGAGAUUUCAUCAAGAAGGAUAGAACAGAGCAACUGAAAAAACUAAUCAGAUUUGUAAAGUACUGGAAAAACGAAAAUGUUCAGAGGUCACCAUCAUCAUUUGCACUUGAACUACUGAUUAUUUAUCUAUGGAACCAGGAAGAUGAUCCUAGAAAAUUCCAGUUGACAAAUGCGUUGAAAAAAGUGAUGGAAACUAUUGCUGAUCCUAAUACUAUACGGGCUGAGUUCUUCGAAUAUUACAGCAAGGAGCUUCAGCAAAGGCAUGUCCCCCCAUAUAUCAUAGAUCCUGUCAAUCCAUAUUCAAAUGAAGCUGCAAAAUGCCGCUGGGAUGAGAUAAGUCGAGAAGCGAACCAGUUUCUACAGAAACCCUUGAUGAGAAGUGCUACUUCGGAAUUCAUUUAACCUUGUUUGUCUUGAUUUACAUAUGACAUGGAUUUAAAACAAACAGUGAUAUGAAUUGGAUAUAGUAUUAAACGUCUAUGUAUCAAAUUAUCGGCUAUAUGCGUUCUGCUGCGAUAAACUGCAUUAAGCACAUGAAACAGUGGAACUAAAUUUUUUACUUCUUUCGUUAAUUUUUGUCUGUGGUAUGUGUAUAGAAAUAUGGAAAGACAAUGACAGAUUGAACAAAAUAAAUAUUAUGUGGGACAAAAUACAUUCCCAAGUCUGGUAAAUGAAAAAUAAAUCCUCAAACAAUUCUAUAUAAGCAUGUGCACAACUAGUCCAGUCAAACUAAGAUUUAACCUCAAACUAAUUGCAACAAAAAAUAUUUUAGUUCUAAUCUAUAGCAUUAUGCUCUUUAUAUACACAGAAAAAAGUCCCAUAAAAUCUAACUUAAGGAAAGCUGAAAAUCAGCAUUUUUUAUUUCCUAUGGAAAUUAUCAUUGGAAGGGGAGAUAACUCUUGCGAAAAUGAGUCUUUUUGGGUCAGUUUUCGGUUGUUUUUAUUGAAAUUUAUGUAAAGUAUGAUACUUUGAUGGGGUUAUAAGUUUGUAUUUGACUAAACUAUAUACUCUUCUUCUCAGGAAAUGUUCAAAACUGAAGUGUUAAGGGUAGUUUGAUUUUUUAGUGCAUUUUUCAUUAAAUAAAUUGCAAAUUUUAAGCUUUGUAACCUUUUUGAAAAAAUAAUGUGAAAAUUUGGUAAUGUUUAUAUCUGUAUAUUGUAUUUUUUCAGCAAUUUACUUAUCUGAAGAAACUUUAAACCACAAAAAGAAGAAUAGAUGCUUAAUUUUUUUUAUUAAAUUUGAUAUUCUUUACCUGGACAUGUUGAAAAAUUCAAUAAAUGGUCAAUGGAAAUCUAGAGUAUAGCUUGAUAAAAUGUAUGAAAACACCUUUAGAGUUGUUUGUUAAACUCUAAAGACCAUUAAAAAUUCAAGAUUCAAUACAUUCUAAUGAAUAGAAGCGGUAAAGUCAUUAUUUUGUAUCAAUUUUUAUAGAUAUUUCUGCCUUUUUUGCAAGAGUUAGCUCACUUUUCAAUGCAAAUCUCCAUAGGAAUUUUAAAUGGUGAUUUUUUUAGUCUUCCUCAAGUUAGAUUUGAUGGUUUUUUUUUCUGUGUAUAUUUUGGGUAUAAUGCUAAAGAUUAAAACUUAAAAAUCUUCUGUUGCAAUUACUUUCGGGUUAGGAUCACAUUUAUGCUACAAUGACUGGACUAAACUUCAACAUAUAUUUUUUUCAAUAUUCCUAUGACAUGUAGGUGACAUGUAUUCGUAUUAAUUGCGAAUCUAUAAAGUAUUAUCAACUCAUAAUAUAUCAUUUGUUGAAUUAAUUUUUUUCGCAAGCUAAAUAAAGUUCAAGUUUUGUUGCCGAGGUUUACCGUAUCAAACUAAAUUGACUACAUUUAUAGUAUCUUACUAGUUUGAUGAACUGUUUACAUGCAAUUAACAAAGAACAUUUACGGGUCAAGCAUGUUAUCAUGGCCAUUAUAAAUUGGAAAUGAUACUUUAUAAUAUAAUGUCACUAAAUGUUUUUUCUCUGAUCUUAAAUGAGCGGAUUCUUACAAUAAAUCAGAAAGUAAAAUGACAAAAAUACUUAAGACGGAAACAUAUGGUAAACAACUGUCAGUUUGUUUUCUCUUUUUAAAUGUUGUCAUUCAUUGCUUAUUAUAGAUAACUACAUGUAUACGGUUUUGGUCUCCCUCAGUACACUGACCUGUUAUUGUUUAAUCUUUGUUGUUUUAGUCUUUAUUGGUCGUAUUGACAAUCAUACGCCAUCAUUUUAAAACAUCAACUCUUCCGUUCCUAUGAGUUUUGGAUUUUUAAAAUGUCUUGAGCAUCACUGAAGAGACAUACGUGUACCGUUUAUGUUAUUUAUUAACGAAAAACUAAACAAAACGAAGUACUCCCUAUUGCUACACAAUUGCUUCUUUGUGGUCAGAAUUUUUUUUAUACGUACUAUUGGCAAACACGUAUUGUUAACAAUUCAUAGAAUACUCUUUUUUGUGAGCUAUCUU